CUGUAUCACAGCAGAAAAGAUAAACUGUCAUAAGGGCUGCAACUCAAAUCGCCCGGACAGGGGCCCAAAAAGAGGACGUGUAUGGGUAAAUCGGGACAUAUGGUAACCCUAUAGGGCAGAAGUGUCGCUUUCUCUUCGUAUGCUUUAAUCGCAAGGCUUAUUGGCAAGCCAGGUGCGUAUUGGUUGUGCCAGUACCACUGCAUCUGAUAACAAGCGCCGCGACUUGGCAUAGUAAGGGUGUUGCACAGGACUAAGUCGCCUGCCCCGGACUGACGCUGUACUAUGGAAGAGGAGAAAUACUUGCCAGAGCUGAUGGCAGAGAAGGACAGUUUGGACCCGUCCUUUGUUCAUGCCAUGCGUCUCCUGGAUGAAGAGAUUGUAAAGUUUCAAGAUUCAGAAGGAAACAAAGAAGAUGGGGAAAAGAAAUACUUAGACAUAAUCAGCAACAAAAACAUAAAGCUUUCAGAAAGAGUACUAAUACCAGUUAAACAGUAUCCCAAGUUUAAUUUUGUGGGGAAGUUGCUUGGCCCGAGAGGCAACUCGCUGAAGAGGUUACAAGAAGAAACUGGAGCAAAAAUGUCAAUCUUAGGAAAAGGCUCAAUGAGAGACAAAAUCAAGGAGGAAGAAUUAAGAAAGAGUGAUGAAGCAAAACAUGCACACUUAAGUGAUGAGCUUCAUGUAUUACUUGAAGUAUUUGCUCCACCAGGAGAAGCUUAUUCUCGCAUGAGCCAUGCAUUAGAAGAAAUCAAAAAAUUCCUUGUUCCGGAUUACAAUGAUGAGAUUCGACAGGAGCAGCUAAGAGAGCUAUCCUAUUUAAAUGGAUCUGAUGAUUCAGAAAGAGGAAAGGGGACAAGAGGUAGAGGAAUUAGAGUACCAUCAACUCCUUCCAGGAAUCGAGGAGGUGUUAUUAGCCCUGCUUUUCCAGGACGAGGAGCUUCUGCUACAAGAGGAGCACCUAUAACACGUGGCACAAUUUCUACUGUAGCCCGGGGUAUCCCCACACCAAGAGCAAAAGCUGCUCCAACAACACCUGGAUAUAGACUGCCACCACCACUCACAAUUGAGACAUAUGAUGAUUAUGGCUAUGAUGAUGGCUUUGGAGAGGAUUAUGAUGAACAGAGUUAUGACAUCUAUGAAAACAAUUAUAACUCACAAACACAGAGUGUAUCAGAAUAUUAUGACUAUGAACACGGAACAAAUGAAGAAAGCUACAAUCAUUAUGAACAAGAAGAAUGGUCCAAAUCCAGAUCCACUUUAAAGGCGCCGCUUCAAAGACCAGCUAGAGCAGGCUACCGAGAACACCCAUAUGGCAGAUACUGAAGGUCUUCUGCAUUUUUGGUCAUCUCUUAAAGACACUUAUUAGCCUAUGGGCUCUCCAUAAGCAGCAGCAAGACAAGUAAUUGUCCAUUUUUAUCUUGGGGAUUGCAGCUUGAGGUUUCCCUAUGUACUUCUUGAGAUUGCGAUAACAUUGCUGUGACAUUGGCUUUAAUAUUUUCUAAUGUGGACUCAAAAUUUUUUGCAGGCUCAUACUGUCUAUAGUCAUGACAUGGGAUAAUGUGUGUUGGUUGUUAUUCGUUGUGGUGUAUUAGCAUGGAUGUGUUAUCACUCUCUAUUAGCUUUUGGUACCUGCAAAAAGCCUGACUUUUUUGUGUAGGGUUGCUAAAUAUGUAAUAUGAUUUUUGGACACAAGGCAAGUGUAGAUAAGAUGUUUUAAACUCGCUUUUUUAUUAUAUGUGAGAACAUAAAAUGUUCGGUAUUAAGUUUGUAAAUUUAAUUUAAAAUGCUGUUUUAAUGGGGUUGAAAAAACAAGCUACCGUAUGAAUGUAGCUAACUGAAUUUGUUCAGUGUUUUAAUCUGUAUUUGUUAAAACAAUUACAUAAAGGUCAAUGUGUAAUCUUCUCUAAAUAGGAAAUCAUAAUUUGUCAGAUAUGUUUGCCAAAAUUUGUCAAUAAAGCUGAAACUUUUUGUAAGAAA